CGCGAUUUAGACAGUUGAGUAAUCAUUCAUGCCAUUAACUGGGUCGUACCUCGUGUGUCCCAACGGCACUUUGAGAAGCUUUCUCUGCUUUGCGUGUGGCCGCCGUAGCAUUAGUCAGUGCCGAUGCCGAUAUAUCGGCACUGUCAGCAGCCUUGUCAGUAAGAUAGCGAGGAUCCCGACAAGCCCGUAUUGCAAAUGCUAGAUGGUGCGAAGGAUUUUUAAAAUACAUAUAUCUAUAAUCGCCUGACUUGAGAUAUCCCGAAAGGCGUUGGAAGGACGGAUUACUGUAUAUACGAAGACGAAGAACGCGCAAGGAGUCGCACAGGCGACGACCAUAUAACUGAUCCGGAGCUCGAAUCCCAUCUCCAGCAAUAUGGCCUUCUCACUGGCGAUGCCCUGGAACGAGGGCGAGGAGAAGAUGCAGCACCUGCUCCGCGUCCCGGAACUUGACAACCCAACCGCUACUAUGCUCACGCCCCAGGCAUCCUUCAUGCUCGAACGCGGCCCUCUCCUCGCUCUGGGCACCUUGGACUCACAAUCUCGUCCAUGGACUACGCUCUGGGGUGGUUCAGUGGGGUUCUCUGAGCCCUUGGGUGGUGGCCUCAUCGGCACUCGGACGCUUGUCGAUGGCAAGAACGACCCCGUUGUGCAGGCACUAGUCGGUAGUGCCGAGAAGGGUGAGAUGUUACAACUAAAGGAUGGAGGCAAGAUACUUUCGGGUUUGGCGAUCGAUUUAAUGACCAGAAAGAGAGUGAAGAUUGCUGGUAGAAUGGUGGCGGGGACUGUGAAGGAGGUAGACGUUAAGGUGGAAGGCGAUGCAGACAAGAAACAGGAUCAAAUACAGCUCAUCACCAAAAUCGACCAGAGUUUGGGCAACUGUCCGAAGUAUUUAAAUGAAUACAGCAUCAGCCAGGCGCUCGUAACCUCAAGGGUCCUUUCCCAAGGGCCCUCAUUAUCGGAUGAGGGGCGAGCCUUGAUAUCAAAGUCAGACAUGUUCUUCCUCUCCACAAGUACCGAGAUCGACGCCGAUACUAAUCACCGUGGAGGACCUCCUGGUUUCGUACGAAUAAUCUCGUCCACCCAAAUCAUUUAUCCCGAAUACUCAGGCAACCGCCUGUACCAGUCGCUCGGCAACCUACUAAUGAACCCCAAGAUAGGCGUCACAUUCCCGGACUACGAGACCGGCAACAUCCUCUACAUCACCGGAACCACAGAGAUACUCGUUGGUGCAGAUGCCGCAAGCCUACUUCCGGGCAGCAACUUAGCGGUCAGGAUCAGCAUUGAGGAAGCACGAUUUGUAGAGGCUGGACUGCCCUUUAGGGGCGUGAGAAAGACGCCUAGUCCAUACAACCCACUUGUACGCACGCUCGCGUCGGAGGGAAAUAUCAAGGCUGCUUUUUCAGCGCCGGGAAGUGAGCGGCAAACCGCGCGGCUAGUCAAAAAAGAAGCAAUCGGGGAAUCCGUGGCGCGGUUCACUUUCUCAGUGUCAGGGGGGAUUGACUACCAGGCAGGCCAAUGGAUCGCCCUAGACUUCAAGGAAGAACUUGACAUCGGCUACGAACACAUGCGCAAUGAUGAUCCAACGAGUCUAAACGACGACUUUGUGCGUACUUUUACAAUUUCCUCGUUUCCGAAGUUGCAAGGUGGAAAGGAGAAAGACUUCGAGAUGACGAUACGAAAAGUUGGGCCUGUGACGGGAUAUUUGUUCCGCCAAAACGAGCGUGCUGGGUUCGAGGUCCCGAUUUUGGGAGUUGGCGGCGAGUUCACGAUUAAGCAGGAUAGUGGACAAGGGGUGACGCCGUUUAUCGCUGGAGGUGUAGGCAUCACGCCGCUCCUCGGGCAACUUCCUAACGUUGAUUUGUCUUCGGGCAAGUUCAAGCUUCUCUGGACGCUUAAACUGGCGGAUAUCGAUCUGGCUGUCGAUAUACUGCAACGACAUCCCGCGCUUGCCAAGUGCACCGCCUUAUUCUUCACUACUAUUAUAUCUUCAAGGAGUACGGAUGAGAAGAUGGGAAAGCUAGAGGCGAUGGGUGUCCAGGUUGAGAAGAGGAGAUUGGCAAAGAGCGAUGUUGAGGAGAUUGGGGCAGACACAUGGUACUUAUGCGCAGGGAAGCCGCUGAGGAAGGCGAUGUUGUCUUGGCUGCCGGGCAAGAAUGUUGUAUUUGAGGAUUUCGACUACUAGAUUUGCUUGAAUAGAAUUACUCCUUAAGAGGGUGCAAUAUGCUUCACACCAUAGCCAACUUAUUCACCGUUAGGUCUAUUUUACAGGUUGUUUAGGGUUCCAGGCUUUGAAUACUGUUCCUCACGAAAUCUCCCGUGCAUCAUUUUGGUAUGCUAUUUCUGUUUGGCCGUCUGCAGAUUCUUGCGGCUACCUUGCCUGUCGGCUUCAUGGUACCAAACGCAUACUCUUUCAAGCGGGGGUCUGUCUUGUGCGCGCCUUUCAAAUCAAGCACCUCGCACUCGAAUACUCCUAAUAAUACUGCUAGUGUUACAAUGCCGAUGUUCCUCGCAAAGUGACGCCCAGGACACUUGUGCUCGCCGCCGCCGAACGAGGUCCAGUUACCAGCCAACCCAACAUCGCUGAAUCGCUCGGGCUUCCCUUUCUCCGCAACAAUGU